AUGGAUAUGGAGACACUUAAUACUAAUAUUUCAAGCGAAGUGUCAAAGAAAAUAGUAAUAAAUAGUCCAAUUGUGAAAAAUAUUAUUGGAAAAUAAUUAGAAAUUGUGGAAAUUCCCUCGUAUAUAGUAUUGGAUAGCGUUUUUGAAUAUGAAGUGCUAGACAAUUUGGAAAGUGAAGAUUCUCAGUCAUCAGAGAAAAAAAGAUUUAGUAAUGGGAAAGGAAUUUUAAAAUAAGCAACUGCAAAAUCUCAUGGCUCAGGUGGCAGUUCAGCAAGUAGCUCAAAAAAAGUAUCAUUUUGCAGGACAACAACUUUCUUUGAGAAAAAAUCAAGGAAAGGUAUAAUGUUAGAAUCAUAAACUUUAUCUUGA